UCCAGGUGUUUUAUUUUCGUUUUACACUCUUUUAGCUCUUCUGCAUUGAACUGCACCGAUUUAGCAAUAUAAGCUAGCAUGGAGCUGUGCUGUUGCAACUGCGUGCUAAAUUCAUCCAUGCGGUCGUCUACACGUUGACCGAGAGAGUUGAUAGCAUUCAGUAUGGUUUCUGUGUUUGUUUCUUCUUGAGACAAACCUUUCGUUUUCUUCUCCAGGUGUGUUUUUUCGGGGGUUUCCGCUGGAGUUGUCGGCCCUCGUUUGUUCUUGCUAGCGUUAGCCAUAUCUGCAUAGUCGUGUACACUCAUCAACCCACAGCUUUCAAAUGGGAGAUUUUUUUGCGCCGGGGGCCGCUGUUAUGUUUCUUCAUUUUCGUGCAGAGAACUGGACAAAUGGCAAUUAAUAGUGGAUAUGUCUUUUUAAUUAACUAUAACAUCGGGACUUCUCGAGGGGCUCAGUGAGAUGCGACUGCACGGACCGCCAUCUUACCGGAACCUCCCCCAUUUCCAGUCAAGGCCGACUGAGAAACCCGGAAGCAGCAGUCUCCAUGGAAAUCCCGAGGAACAAACUUUUAUUCAGCUGACGUGAGCUUUUCACAAACAUGACUGGAGAUAGCGACUACAGCAAGUACGAUUUGGCACGCCUGCAGGAAGAACUUGAGCAAGAGAGGGAAAUGAAAGAAAUGCUUGAAGGGUCAGUGUCUGAUCUACGGAGCACCAUGUGUGAACUGCAAGACAGACUGCAGAGUGUUGAUGGGGAAGGAAAUGAGUGGAAGACGAGGUAUGAGACACAGAUAGAGCUAAAUGGACAGUUGGAAAGACAGAUGUCACUCAUUCUCGAGAGACUGGAGGACCUUCGAGGACACCCUAUGGAUCGAUUGGCCUCCAUCCGAUCUUAUGACGACAUGCCAGUAGAAACCCUGAGACAGCGCCUGAAGCUCCUGACUGAGGAGAAGUCUGACGUCCAGAGUCAGCUGAUGGACUGUCAUCUCAGAAUUGAACAAGAAGGAAAGGCUUUUCAUAAAACCAAUGACGAGAGGCGGGCGUACCUUUCAGAAAUUGCUAAGCUGUCCUCCACCCUUGAAGCCCAAAGAAGACAGUACUCCACCCAGCCACAGAGGGCACCAGAGGGCAAACAGAGGAGGUCAGUGAGGCACAAUGCUAACAGAGAGAAGCAGACCAGCAGGAAGGCAGAGGCUGAUAAUAAAGGAAAAGACAGAGAUGAAGAUGGAGGAGUAUGCGUGAAAGGAGGAGGAGGUGGUGGAGCAACAUCAGGGAAGAGAGAAGAGAAGAAAUCCCAAAGGGGAAGCAGGUUACCCACCUUAAAGUACUAUCUGAAACACAACCCCUAACCCAAAGCUGGUGUUAUAGCCCUUUUUUUGCUCUCUACUGGGUAUGCUGGAAUGAUUGCAGUAGAAAAAUUGCCAUAUACUUAGCUAGUUUCAGUGCAAGAAUGUAUUAGUGUAUGUCCUUCAGCUUCCGGUGGCUUUGUUCACAUUACUCAAAAGCUGAUUUCGAGGAAACAAUGCAGUUCCUGUGAAGGUUUUUUUCCCAUGUGCCACAGUCAGUAUUGUAAUUCAGUGUUUAUUUUGUAAUCGGAGGCAAAUACAGUUUUACUCUGAUCUCAUGGUAUAAAAUGUUACAUUUAUAAUGAAGUCUGGCAUUAUUAUUUUCUUAAAUGUUUCUUUGUUUUAACAAGAAGAGUAGCCACUGGAGAAAUGUUCAAGAGGGGGGAAUAUUAGGGGCUUUGAAUGUUGUGAGGCCAUUUCCUAAUGUGCCAGAAGCUUGCUGAGUCUGACAUUUCUGUGGUCACUGCAAUUUCAAAUAAAAGCACCUCCUACGACU